CCUAAACGAAAUGAAACAACCGGUAAAUUCCUAACCUCUUGGUAACGCUUUACUACCUCUUUCUGUUUUGACUGCUCAGAAAGAAAGUCUAACUCGAUUAAUUAACAGAUUUACAGACAUCAAGUACCGGUAACCACAUGCGAUUGAUUAGGUUAAAGUUUUGUCGAACGUCACUGCUGGGAUUACUAAUCCGUUAACCCUGAUAACAACAGAAUUUUCGUCAUUUGGAGUGAUGCCAUCAGAACCUUUUCAGACUUGAUAGGCGCUUUAUUGACAUUUAAACGGUGCGCGGACCAUUGAGCACGUAUACGGAAGUUCUAGGAAUUAACAGGAAGUCUAAACACCUUGGGCUUCAAAGCAAAAUCGUUUUUCUCAUAGUAGCAUCAGUAUUUCUAAGCUACGGACAGUAGAAGCGCUGGAAUUUGUUAUACCACUGUUUCCCCCAGUAGACGACCUUCGUUUACACGUCCAUCUCGGAGUGAGAUGUGGAUUUUGCCUUUCCUGUUGUUUCUUGUGGCUUUGAGUGGAUCGGCCAGUAAUCAUGACCUGUGUGACAAAGAUAAAGGCCCAACAGGCAUCAUCAAAUGCUCAAAUUUCGAGGGUUACCAGGGAGAGUAUCAGUGGGCAACCUGCCUGACAUCAGACCAUAUCCUAGAAAAAGAUGGCCGCGAUCACAUCUGUGCAGACCGCACUGGACGCUAUUGCUGGCACAAGUGCAUGUCCGAGGUACAUCGCCAAAGUUUUGGCAACGUCUCAGACGAUUGCGCCUGUGAUCCAUUCCAGCUCCUUCACAAUACCUCCCUGCCUCAGCAGUGCUACAGCCCGGCUGGAGAUUCCUGUUACUGGUAUCGUAACUGCUUGGAAAAGAAACAUUUUUGCAAACCUCCAAGCAAUGCUUACGUCGUAAGAUAUGCUGAGAGGUUCUGCCGAGUGUUCGAGGAACAAAAAGCCAAAUUAAGUGCAGACGCGCAGAAGUGGAUGGAAGCUGUCCGUAAAUGUCAACAGGUUGCUAUGGUACCAUUGCUGAGGGACUCAGAAGCACUAACGUGUAACGAAAUAAAAGAGAAAGCACUUGCUUCUUACACUCAAUGCUACUUGAAUCCAGGUGAAGGCGCCAAGUCGAUUUGUGAUGUCCAUUGUUGGCAACACUUCAAGAUAUUCUGGGCAAUCAAGGGAUCGUUCCUCAAGCUGGAUACAGCUUGGGAGUCUCUAAAAGGAUUGUGGAACAUAGGAGCCCAGUGUUCUUCGCCCAACAGCCAAAUGGACUGUUUUGAACGAAACUUUAAAAAUGUGAUCAAACUUUUAAAGCUAAAUGUGGAAAAUCUCAUGCGACGAAAGAGGCGUUCACCAGAUUCCCUUUCAAAUGUUGAUAUUUUAAGUCGGUUCACAAAUGGAGUUGGUGAAGCUAUUGCAAGUAAAUUGAAAUGGAACAGGGAUGUGAUGGACUGGGUUGCCUACACUUCAAAUUGGGUUAGUCUUGGUAAUGUGGACAUCAUCAUAGCCAUGGCAGACAGAAAAGCCCUGGGUAUCGUCACUGCGCCCGUCGAAUCAGUUAACUUGGAACAGACUAUUGACGACUUUGUUUCAGCCAUAAAUACUAGUAGUCUUCGACCGCAGGUGGAUGGAUAUAAUGUUUGGAUCAAGUCUUUGGCCUUGUGCAUCGAUAAAUCUUGCGUGCAAACUCGGACACUUACAGUUUCAAAUAAGCCUCCUUGGAGUGGUGCCACUCGAAUUUCUCACGGUACCGUUGGCGUGUUUGCAGUCAUUGCCAUGCUGAUCAUGUUGAUAGACAAACUGUUAUGCUAACGUGAAGUCAGAUCAUGGUUAUGUUGAUCGCCUUUUUCAACAAGCUGGCGACUUUCAUAUACAAUAAGUGUACGUUAUUAACCACCCAAACACUGUUGUCAACAGUGUAAUUUUAACAUUCUUUUUCUUUGUUUAUUUAUAUCAUUACUCAAGAGGGGCGAAGAGUGCUUUGACUAGUCCCACGUGGCAAAAAGGAUAUUCGUGAUUUAUUUUAGGGCUGUGAAUUUUAAAAUCGGUUAGGGAUUUCAGCAUGGAUAAAACUAUGAAUAUGCUUAGCAUCAGGUACUGCCUUAAGGGUAACACGUGAAGAAAAGACGCAAGAUAGCUUACUGUAUUGUUGGUUUGGAACAAUUAGGCAUGAACUUUUAAGGAUGAAAGCAGUCGAUGGUAAUAUUUGAUUGUAAUUAAAGUCGCUUUAGCUUUCUGUGAUUUGUUAGUGUGAAGCAAUUCCAUCACUUGGUUUUCCAGUGGGGAAUAUCGAACAUGUUCAACAUGCUAACCUUUGAAUAUAUAUCGCCUGGUCAGUUUCUUGAAAUUUACUCGACCCACGAUGUAGAACGCUUAUUUGGAAUUCGUUUGAAACGAUGCAGGCCUUCAGUAAACUACAGAUCAGCGAGCUCUCGCGGUUGUAAGAGCAAGUUGGUUUUUAUUAUAGUCACAUUUUAUGCUGUGAACACCCUUAAUUAAAUUGAACUGAUGCAAAUUUCAAUGCUAAUUUAAAAAAAGCAAACCUCGCAGUAAUUAAAAUUAAAAUGACUUUUGCGAGUCCUCCAGGGCUCAAAAGCCACAA